AUGACCCGCGCCCUCUGCUUUAGCUUCCUCCUCCUGCUGUCCCUCUGCCUCCCCGCUCGUGCUGAACCUCGGCGGACCACAUCCUCUCAGCGCAGGUCGGCUCGCGCGCCAGCAGCCAAGGUGCGUUUGGCUGGCAACUAUGCGCGAGAGCCGCACGAAGGACGCGUGGAGGUGCUGCACAACAACACCUGGGGGACCGUCUGCGAUGAUGAAGUGAACAUCAAACUGGCCAACGUGGUGUGUCGAGAGCUGGGUUUCCAGGGCGGCAUAACUUGGGCACACAGCGCAAAGUAUGGAGAAGGAGAAGGCCCAAUAUGGAUGGAUAAUGUACGUUGUGAUGGCACAGAGAAGUCCCUGAAGGACUGCAAACACAACGGUUGGGGAGUGAAUGACUGUAAACACUCUGAGGACUUGGGGGUGGUGUGCACCACUCAGCGCAGGCUGGAUCAGACAGCCAGCAGAGGUGCCAUUACCCCUGCCAGGCCCAAUGGCAGCCCCGCACCUCAGUGGCAGGGUCUUGUGGACACCCGCAGGCAUCCAGGAUAUGGAUAUUAUGGAAACGGACAUCCAUAUGAGAUCCCCAGGUUCCAAAGACACCAACUCCACCAGGGUCAUAGUAAAGUGCGAAUUGAGGAAGUCCGUCUUCGUCCCAUCCUCAUGGCUACCAAGAAGAAAAACCUGAUCACAGAAGGUGUGGUGGAAGUGAAGCAUGCUGGGAGAUGGAGGCAGGUUUGUGACAUGGGUUGGAGUCUCAACAGCAGCCGGGUUGUGUGCGGGAUGCUUGGCUUUCCAGAGGCGGCUCAACACAAUGUUAAAACAUACAAGAAAAUAUGGGAUACCAAGGUUGCAGAUCCUUCAACAAGAUUGAGCGUCAUGGCAAAGAAGAAGGGAUUCUGGGUAGAAAAAGUUCACUGUCUUGGAACUGAGAACACCCUGUCAGAGUGUCUUGCGCAGCUGUCAAUCUCCCGUAACCCCACCCCUUGUAAGAAUGGGAGACAUGCAGUAGUCAAGUGUGUACCAGGACCCCAGUUUGCUCGCAUGUCCUCAGGAAGACCCCAGGCUCCUUAUCCAGUUGUGCCUGUGCGUCUGAAGGCAGGCCCCAGGUUAGGUGAGGGCCGUGUGGAGGUGCUCCGAGAUGGUAAAUGGGGGACCAUUGUGGACCAUAUGUGGGAACGAACUGCAGCCAGUGUGGUGUGCAGAGAACUGGGCUUUGGUACGGCCAAGGAUGCCCUGCAUGGAGCCUUCAUGGGUCAAGGUACAGGACCAAUCCAUAUAAACAGUGUCCAGUGUAUGGGGUCAGAGCGCUCCAUCCUAGACUGCUACUUCCAGGAAGUCCAACCAUGGACAUUCAAACACAGUCAGGAUGCCUCAGUACGCUGUAACGUCCCUAAGACUGGCAUGGAGAACACGGUGCGGCUUGCUGGUGGUAGAGUCCCAUCAGAAGGCCGUGUGGAGGUGUUGAUGGAGGUUGGAGGUCGUAAGCGCUGGGGCUCUGUCUGUAGUGAGAACUGGGGCAUCAACGAGGCCAUGGUGGUCUGCAGACAGCUCGGUCUGGGCUUCGCUGCCAGUGCUCAUCAGGAGACCUGGUACUGGACCGGUGACCCAAAUGCAGCCGAUGUGAUUCUCAGUGGAACCCACUGUGUGGGCACAGAGCUUUCAAUUCAACAAUGUCGUCGCAACAACCAUGUCCAUUGUCCUCGCGGAGGUGGAACUAAGGCUGCUGGGGUCAGCUGUUCGGACACGGCACCUGACCUCGUUCUGGAUGCCCAGUUGGUCCAGGAGACAGCCUACCUAGAAGACCGACCCCUCCACCUGCUAACCUGUGCCAACGAGGAGAACUGUCUGUCCUCAUCUGCUGCCAGGAUGAACUGGCCUUAUGGCCACCGACGCCUACUGCGCUUCUCCUCUCGCAUCAUGAACCUGGGUCGGUCCGAUUUCAGACCCAAAGCUACAAGAGAGAGCUGGACGUGGCACCAGUGUCACAGGCACUACCACAGCAUCGAGGUGUUCACACAUUACGACCUGCUGACUCUGAAUGGCACGAGGGUUGCAGAGGGACACAAGGCCAGUUUCUGUCUGGAGGACACGUAUUGCCCUGAUGGAGUCCAGAAGCGGUUCUCUUGCUAUAACAUGGGUGACCAGGGCAUUUCUGUGGGCUGCUGGGAUACCUAUCGCCACGAUAUCGACUGUCAGUGGGUUGAUGUGACUGAUGUACGGCCAGGAGACUACAUCUUUCAGGUGGAAGUCAACCCCUCUAUGGACAUGGCUGAGUCUGACUUUAUGAACAAUGUCAUGAGAUGUCGGUGCAAAUAUGACGGCCACAGAGCUUACAUGUAUGGAUGUCAUGCAGGAGAUGCAUAUAGUGCAGAGAUUGAAGACCUGUUUGAGCACCAGCGGCAAAUCACCAACAACUUUGUGUAGCCCAUCCCAGGACUCAGUACGAAGGCCUUCCAGUGGGGCCCAGAGAAUACUCAGGGUGGGCUGAGGUCGAUGGCCCUAGGCCCUUGGGACCUUAGCACCCACAAUAACAGAGAACACACAAAAUGGUGCCUGUUCAUCUCCUCAGCAGAUGUGGAUAAAAUAUUCAUAAGAGAAUCAUAUCAGAGAAGCGACCAGUGCAGAGACUCCAUUCUCAACUCAAACAGCUGUUGACAACAAGAGUGGAACAGAUUGCUCAACAUGUUUUUUACUCUAGUCACAUAUGAUAUUGGAUAUUGUUUCAGACUAUACUGAUUUUUGUGAAUGUGGACUACUAGUAACUGAAGUUAGUUAUUCAAAACAUAUAGGUAUGAAAGACGUUAAUGUCGCUAUAACUAAUGUGUAACAAAGACAAUGGAAAAAUGUGUUGGGAAAUCUUGUUCCCAUGCUAAAAGAAACUAAAAUCUGAGAAAAAAAUAAUAAUAUUGUGACUUGGUAAUUUCUUUUGCAAAAAGAUCAUUUAGAUCACUUGUAGCAAAAAGUUGGCAUUAUUUUUCAAAUUCUUCACUAACUGGAUCGUUUGUAGCUGUUGCGCUUUUACAUUACUUCAAUAUUGGUGCUCUUUGCCAAUACUGUAUGUUGUUAUACUAACCUCACUACAUUUCAGGUGAACAGUGUUGUACAAUGCAUUUUGGGUCUCUUUUUUACAGAUAAUUAGGUAUUUUACUAUUGCUUUGGUUUGAACAAAAUCAUUGUUUUAUAAAAGUGUAGUCGUGCUCUAAAAGUUUUGCUUCUCAUCUAGAAUAGGUAAGAAGAGGUCAAAUGAUUUUUAUGGAACAAAGCACUUUAUCUUUUAAACAUCAGUAUUCUAGUUUUGCCCCCACACCUUUAUUUUUAAUUAGCCACCAGAUAGAUUUUUAGGGUGUUUAUCUAAAAAAAAAAAUACUUUAUUGUGUUUUACAUUUCAGAAAGUGAAAUAUAAGGUUUGUGUUUAGUUUUCAUAUUAAGUGUACUAUUUAUAUUGUACCUUUAUUUAUUCAUGGAUUCACACUUACAUAGCAUGCUCAGUGAAGAGUUUGUUAGCUUGCAUUUAAUUAACAAUACUGAAUAUUUCUUUUUUGUUUUUCAGACAUAAUUAACCAGGGGGAAAAACAUUUUCAUAAAGUAGUUACAGGACUAUUAUUAUUAGAACAUACCCAUGAUGCGGAUGAUUAAUUACUGACUUAUUUUAUUUUAGUUAUUAAAACAAGUGGAACGUUACAGCUUUUCUCUUCCAGCCUCUGUAAUGGGAGGGAAGACCAUGCUGACAAAACCACUGUAUUGUGGUAGUCAGGCAGGCUGGGUUUUGAGAGCAUAUAAAAAGCCUUUUAAUUAUGUCUGUUUGGGUUAGACAUAAGGUUACGGUCAAGGUUAGGGCUAUAGCAUGUGCUUUAUAAAGAAACUAUGGAAUUGUUACUUGGAAAUCUAGAUUUCCAACUUAACACAAGCUACAAGAAAGAUUCUGAGAGAUUUAGUGAGGGAGAUGGUGACUGAAAGAAAGAGUGAGAAAGUAAGACAGAAGGAUAGAAAGGGAUGAAGUUUGGAGAAAGACUUAUACAGACAUACAGUUUUUUAUUUUACUACCAGAGCUGCCUUUUUGUAGGCAGCCAUACAGCGACCACAAGCUGGCAUUUUCAGCUCCCCAACGAGAACAACAUGUUUGUCUGGGAGAAAAAAUAAACUCCUUGAUUCACGCUUCAA